AUGCCCGCGGCACCGGCUGAGUCUGAGCAUGGACCGCCCCAGGUGGCGGCGUUCGCGGGGCUGCUGCAGCGGCAGCAGGCGCAAGUGGCAUCUGAGGCGGGCGUACCCGAGGACGGGCUGCUCUACAGCUACAAGCACACGUCCAACGGCUUCGCCGCGCGCCUCACGCCGCGCCAGCUGUGGCGGCUGCGGCGCAACCCCGCCGUGGCGUCCGUCCGCGCCAGCCGCGUGUUCAGCCGGCAGACGACCGACUCUCCGCAGUUCCUGGGGCUGCCCGGAAAGGGCCUCUCCUCGCAGCUGCCCGCAGGGUGGAAGGGCAAGUGCGAGCAGUCGAGCUCGUUCCGGUGCAACAACAAGGUGAUCGGCGCCAAGGCCUUCUAUGCCGGCUUCCAGCAGAGCUACGGCCGGCCCGUGCUGACCAAUGACUGGCUCACGCCGCGAGAUGCGGACGGCCAUGGCACGUGGUGCGCUGGAGCAGCCGCGGGCAACCCCGUGAAUGUGAAGGGCGGCGGGCAGGUGAGCGGCAUGGCGCCGGCAGCGCGCAUUGCGGCGUACAAGGUCUUCUGGAAGGACGGCAACGGGGCAUUGACCGCGAUGGAGUCAGAUAUCAUCGCAGCCGUCAAUCAGGGCGUGGCGGACGGUGUGGAUGUGCUGUCGCUGUCUCUGGGCAGCAAGAUUCCCGAUCCCAACGACCACUAUUUCAACGAUCUCGCUUUCAUGCGCGCCAAUGCUGCCGGGGUGUUUGUCACCUUUGCUGCCGGCAACAACGGGCCUCCCGGGAGUAUUGGUGGAGGGUACUACCGCACGUUGGACAACUUCGCGCCUUUCUACCUCACCGUUGGCGCCAGCACCAUUGCCCGAGGCGGCGCGUCCCUCGCCUCCUCAACUGCCGGCGCUCAGUCGCUCGCUUUCGGCGCCACCACCAGCAGCAACGGCACUGACAGCACGGACGGCAGCAGCAGCACCGUUCUGACUGCUGACGGCGGGAUCACGUUCACCACUGCCUCCUCCUCCGCCCCGGUGGUGGCUGGCUUCUCUUCCCGCGGCCCCCUGCUGCAGCCGUCCGCCACGGCCCAGCCACCCAAGGCAAGCAACGCCAUCUUAAAGCCCGACAUCAUCGGCCCCGGAGUGGACCUCUAUGCUGCCUUUCCUGGCAAGAAACCCGGCGAAACCGGCAGUCUUGCCAGCAUGUCGGCGCUGAUGACGACGGCGCGGGUGACGGACACGAGCAAGAGCCCGAUCAAGAGUUCGACGGGCAGGGAGGCCACUCCGUGGGAGAUGGGCGCAGGCCACGUGUUCCCCCCCGCCAUGCUCGACCCCGGGCUCACCUACGAUGUCCGCGACCGUGACUACCAGAAUUUUCUUGCCGGGCAGGACCUCAACCGCGCGACAAGGGAGUUUUGGGGGGUGAAGCUCUCUCCUCUGGCUGUGCGCAACCUCAACCUGCCCACCAUCACUCUGCCUCGCCUGCAGGGCUCCCUGCAGGUCACCCGCACCGUCACCAAUGUGGGGCAGUCCCGGUCCACAUACAGCAUAUCUGGGAAGGCGCCGCAGGGGGUGAAGGUGACUUCGUCGGCUAAGAGCCUCACGCUUGCUCCCGGGUAG